CCGAGCAGUCAUUAUGCACGGACUGAAGCACCUAUUAGAGUUCCCAACCCUCUCGCUGUCUUGUGUAGUGUGUAAAGAAACUACAGCGCUGAGAGAAUCUGGUUGGAUAUUCGCCGCCAAACAAAAGGACACUUGUUAAAACUCAUUCCGCUUUAUUCUGAAGAGUCAACAUUGAUUUCCAGCUUGGAUGUAGCGGCGGUCUUCCCACGGCGAACGUCGCUUGUGAGGAGCACAAAGUUUUGGGACACUUGAAAAAGAUUUGUUUGUAGAUAACCGUUAUCUACUUCACGCGCAGUGUUAAUACGGACGAGCGCGCGCAGAGCGGACACUCUUCACAUGCUGAGCCAUGGAGACGAUGACUUCAGCAAAACUUCACACCUGCCUUUCAGUAUUCACAUUUCUGUGCUGUAUCUCAGGUGACCUGGCCCAACUUCAGCUGCCUCAGACAAAUGUAGAAGUAAUCCAAGGGAAGAGGGUAGUGCUGCAGGCUUCUUACACUGGUCCAGAGAUUCAGAAAAGUACAGUGGUCUGGAACUAUGUGUCCAGCAGCACAGAAAUGAUCAUUUCAUAUGUCGGCGGAGUCUUAAGUUAUAGCAAUUCCCGGUUUGCAGGUCGAGUCGGUUUUAUUCAUAAUAUGACCAACAACAACCUGUCCCUGUACAUUAACAACACCAGAGCAUCAGACUCGGGGAAGUUCAUGUGCCAGGUCAUCAUUCCAGCAGGCCCAGCAGACGCCAAAGUGAUCAUCCUUAAUGUUAAAGUCCCUCCUUCAGUGCCAGUUUGUCAAGUUAAAGGAAAGCCUGUUCUUAAAGGGAACAUCACUCUGGCUUGUAACUCUAAAGAUGGUAAACCGACACCAGGAUACAAGUGGACCAAAACCAGCCCCAACUCAGAGAUCUUCUUCCCUCCCGCACAAAAUGAAACAGCAGGAACUUUAAAACUGAACAACCUGAGCAGUAAUAUGUCGGGGAAAUACAUGUGCACUGCAUCCAACUCUGCAGGAACGGAGACGUGCUACAUCAACCUGGAAGUCAUCACAUCAACUAAUGCAGGGAUGAUCGCUGGUGUUACGGUUGGUUGUAUUUUGGCUCUCAUCCUGAUCAUUCUUUUCUUCGUCUUCAUGUGGACAAGACGGAAAGACACAGAGGAGGAUUUGGCCAAUGAUAUCAAUUUUUUUGUGUAUUACAGAGAGGAUGCUCAGGCUCCCAAACGCAUCUCAUGGGCCAAGAGUGGUACUGGAUCUGACAUCAUCUCUAAAAACGGCACCCUGUCCUCCAUUCACACUGGCUCUUACCCACGAGACACUCAGAACCACCACCAUUACCCUCACUCUGACACGGCAUCCAUCCUCACGGCCACGGGGGGCAGCAUAAGCGGCUACCGCUCGCAGCCUCCAGCAGACGCCACACUGGAGCGCACAUUGCCUGGCUACAACACCAACCCAACCCUGCCUCGUGGACCUUCGAGACCCCCCAGCACCAGUGGAGGCUCCCAGCACUCCUCAAUGCCACGGCCAGCUUCCGCCCAGCCUCAGAUUCCACGUCCGCCCAUGCUGCCCACCACCGUAACUACUGCCAACAUCUCCCGCAUGGGAGGGGUACCCAUUAUGGUGCCGGCGCAAAACCAGGCUGGCUCUCUGGUGUAGAACCAAAUGUUUCACCUCAACCCCUGAAGGGACAGAGAGAAUAAGACAUCACGUCUGCGGUCCCACGAACGGAAGUACAUUGGAAAGGAUGGAAAGGAACCAAUAAGCAUAUUGCCUCUGUAUGGAAAGCAUAUUGCCUCUGUAUGGAAACCGUAUGAUGUAAUUUUCCAUUUUUUAUUUUAUAUAUAUAUAUAUAUAUAUAUAUAUAUAUAUAUAUAUAUAUAUAUAUAUAUAUAUAUAUAUAUAUAUAUAUAUAUAUAUAUAUAUGUGUGUAUGUUUUUUUUUUUUUUUUUUUUUUUAGCAAAUAUAUGUAAAGAUGCUCAGUUGAUUGUUUUAUAGUUUUUACUAUUCAAAGUAUUACAGAAAAGCCCCAUAUCUCUAUAAAGUGGAACUUGUUACAUGGUAAACAAAAAGACACUGAGCUGGAGCUAUUCACUUUUUUAACUUAAUUUUAUUUGUUCUUUUUUGUUGUUACUGCUUUACUGAUUGUUCUUUUGCAAUCUAAAGAUGCUAACUUGCCUUGAUAAAAAAACAAAUGAAAGGUCUAUUCCAGACUAUUUAAAGAGACUCCUCAUGAAUAAUUAUGUUUACAUAUGUUUAAUGCACAUCAAAUCAGUCAACGUUAUUUUGCAAUGUGGAAGUAAGAUAUUUUGUUUGAAUGGCUGCAACCCAGUCUUGUGUUAAAAUGAAGGUGGAUAGCAAAUGUUUCAUAGAAGCAUCUGUUAAAGGGAAUGUCAAGGACAUCACUUAAAAUCUGGCAUCAAGUUGCUAUAUUUGCCUUUAAAUGUUUUUUGGCCAAAUAUUUAGACAUCUGUGUUGUUAUCUCUUAGAGAUGUGUGGUAGCUUUUCAAUUUAGAAGUGAAUUUGGCAGUAGCUUAAUUUAUAUGGUGUUUUUGUACCCAAUAAUGAUGAUAUUUGAAAUAUAUUGUAUUAAACAUGUAAACUAUAAACAUUCCUUUACCUUACUGUAAAUAAGGUAUUUAUUUCUCAUUCAAGGUGUGUGGUCAUAAUUUCACAGCAGAUAAGUUCAAGAUUUUUCUGAAACACUGGAUACAAAAACAAAUAGUUUCUGUUCCGAUGUUCGAUGAUUGUUGAUGUGGGGCAAAAUAGUUUUCCUUGUCAUUCCUAUCAGCAUUGUUCCACAGUACUGCUAAUGCUACUACAGUUAGAGCUGACAAAUUCCUAACAAAACGAAUGGUUUCUUAAGAAAUAUGAGAGGCAGACAGGCUGCAGAUGUAGGUCAUAAUAAGAGUAAAAGAUCAAGUUACCAAGGAAAGAAAUUUACCAGGGAAACAUGAACUAACUCAAAAUGGAUUUAUUUUCUUAAUGCACGUAACUGGUUUUACUCAGAAAUGUGUCAUAUUACAGAAGUAAAAUGGGUUGCAAAUGGUAGUUGAUGGUCUCUUUAUAUGUAUACCAGACCAUAAAAUAAAUCUCAAUCUGUAAGUAUUCCAAAUCAAAAAUCUUUUUUUACCACCUUUUUCAAAAAUGCUUUAUUAACAACUGCUGUAAUUUUUUUUUAAGUAUGUUGUAUUCUAUGUAUUCAACAGUGCUUUUGACUGUUUUUCACAAUCUAUUUUACUUUAUUUCAUUGGAAAAUGUUUUGUUGCGUAUUUUGUCUUUUUGUCAUCUACAGACUGGACAACCUCAAACUGUUCCCUAAAGGACAUUUGUUGUAUAGACAUGAAAACACUUUGUAUUCAUAAGUUUUGAUUAAAAGAAACUGGCUGUAAAAA